AUGGAGAGUGCGUCAAGCAUGCUGUCCCCCGGGGAAACAACUUUGCUUGCUUUGGACCCAGUGAUCGCAUCGACAUCUUCGGACCUGGUUGGCGAUUUGACUUACGGCCAGCUAUCGAGGUCCACGUUAGUGACGCUGAGCACACCGAAUGUCAUGGACCUUCCGGCUGUAGCAGACGAAGCAACGCACUCCAUCUCGUACACAUUGAGCCGCACACAGGCCGUCAUUGUUGAGUAUGUGCGGGAUGAUAAGACGGACUUGUUCCAGGUUGGACGCAGUUCUGAAAAGCCGAUUGACUUCGUUGUGAUGGACACUGCAGGUGCCCCGCCUCCGACCCAGGGUUCGUCUGCGGGACAGUCAACAAUUUCUAGAUUCGCGUGUCGACUGUUGGUAACACGCCGAGAUGCCGGUGAUAACCCCGAGAAGCCAGUGCAAGCUUGUGUUUUUGCGGCUGGAUUCAAUUCCGAGUCCAACAUUUUCCUCGGGGAAAAGGCAACCAAGUGGCAGGAAAACAACAACAUGGACGGAUUAACAACGAACGGAAUACUUUUGAUGCAUCCAGACGGGGAAUUUGUGAGCGGGAAUGCGAAAGCUGGCAAAUGGCGGGAAGUCAGUGUCGACGGCAACAUUUUCUCGCUUCGGGAAGCGAGAAGUUCGUCACGUCGUGGCGAAGAGCAACGGGACGAAGCCAACGUCCUAAUGGAUGGUUCCCUGAUUGAUUUGUGUGGCGCCACGCUGUUGUGGCGCUCAUCAGAGGGCCUGCAGCAAAGCCCCACCCAGCGCCACGUGGAACGCAUGAUCAAGAUCGUCAACGCCGGCAAACCCCAGUGCCCCGUCGGGCUCAACACCCUCGUGCUGCCCCGACACAACUCCGGCGUGCCCAACCAACUCAUGUACGUGUACCUGCAGUGUGGCCACGUCCAAGGGCGGCACGACUGGGGCUUCGUGGCGGGUGCAAAUGAGCGCCAGUGUCCCAUGUGUUUCGUCAUUGGUGCCGUGACGAAGCUGGAAAUGGGACUCGAGCCCGCGUUCUAUGUGGACUUUGAGCCGCCCACGCAUGCCUUCAAUCCCUGCGGGCACAUGGCGUCGGAGAAGACGGUCAAGUACUGGGCCUUUAUCCCGUUCCCGCACGGGCCCAGUGGGUAUCGGGCCAUGUGUCCGUUUUGUGCCAUUUCCUUGGAGGGGUAUCCGGGAUUCACGAAGCUCAUCUUCCAAGAUAACAUUGAUUAACCCCUUGUUUGGCGACCCCUUUUUUUGCUUGAAGGGUCCGCGGACUGGUGAAUUUUUAUUUUUUAAAUAAUUGUAGACUAGCGGAAAUUUUUUAAAUGUCUGCCAUGAAGUCCUCCAAAACUGAAACUUCCAUUGCGAAAAUUGAGUUGAUAACCAAUGAAGCAGCUACAGUGAAAUGUUUUGAAAAAAUAGGAAGCUGGGCUUCUGGGAAGGGUUUCUCCAAAUGAAUCAUUGAAAUACCCUAUUUAGAUAGAUAGAUAGAUAAACAAGCUUUAUUUGCUGCUUGUCAGCAUUCACAAGGUACAAACAAUAUUUCCCACAUCCCAUCAUUAAUGGUAUGUACACAAGCACCAAGACACUUUUUUUUAAAUCGAAAUUGAGGAGAAAAAAGGGGUGCAUGUCAUAUACAGGUAUACAUUUUUCAAAAAUUUUGGGUACAUUAUACUUACUUCUAGGAGGAAAUUUUGGACCAAGUUUAAGAAAAAAACUGAUGGAAAUGGAAGCAUUUGAAAAAUGUUUGAGUUAAUGUUAAUUCAUGUCUCGAUUCAAAUUUAGGUGUUCUCAUGUUUAGAAUUGUGUGGUUUUCAAGUCACUAAAAAUGGGAUGUAUGUCUUAUUUGAGGAUAGGAUUUUAGCAAAAUUUCCUGAUUGAAAAACCUGUGUGUGCAUCAUACUUGAUUAAAUACAGUAAUUUAUUGCAGCAGGUGAAAAUUUGUCUGAAGUGUUAAUAGGAGAAAAGCCAACUUUUAUUUUUCAUCAUUUAAUUUCACUUUUUAUUGUCAGGAAUUGCAUAUAACGGUGACAGUCUUCAUUCCAACCUUUGACAUAUUUUUAAUGUUGAAGAAAAUUUCCUGCAAAUUGACAAAAAGUAUCUGCAGGCAUUUUCUGGGUUAAGUAAUGGGAACUUGUUCCCAUAGAAAAAUAAGUUUGCCUUUUUUGCUCUGUGUCAAACAUUUUCUGGCUUUUUCUGUAACACCAUAUUUAUUUGAGUACCAUGUACCCUUGAAUGAGAUGCUCAUUUGGUUUUUUCUUGUCCUGAAAUUUGAAUAAAAUCCUAUCCCUAACUAUGACGUGCACUCCAUAUUCAGUCACUAAAACAGGGCGCCGUUUUUAAAAUGAAAUGCAUCAACAUUUUAACUGAAAUUAAAUGCAAAUUGAAGGAAUUUUCCAUUGUUUUUGCUGGAUGAAGCAAGUCUUCCAAAUUUUUCACAGAAAGUCAGAUUUCAUAACAAAACUUGUGAAUUUGAACAUAUUUGAAAAUGAACCAGAAUUUUGAGGAGUUUUUAAAAUUCAAUUAAGAGUAAGCGCCGUUUCAAAAUACAGUACCAAGUAGCACAAGUUUUGGUUGUGUUAUUGGUACUUGCUCAUUUUUACACGCGCACUUUCAAAAAUUGUUCUUUUUGUUCAGUACUUCAUGAGUAAAUUAUAAAACGCAAUUUUGACAGCAAAUAGAACUGAUCAAGAGAACGAAACUUUUCCAAUCUUCUCUUGUUGAGUCCAAGUGAGAAUUUUUUGCCCCAUUGUGUGAACAGAUGGGAAACAAAUUCUUUGAACGUAUGAAUUUUUUAUUUUUUAAUUUGCGACCAAGUCAUUAAACGGAUCUGGAGGCAAAAAUCAAUAUUCAGAGAAAUAUUACGAGCUUUGAACCGUAUUGAAAAUCUUUGCUCAUGGACCAUUUGUUUUGUUUGUUUUUUUUCAUCCGAGAAUUAAGUGUUGACAUUCAGGUUGAGCAACCGAUUAUUUUGUGAUCCCAAAUAUGGGCAUGAAAAAGUGCAAUUUUCAGCAGUUCCUUUUUUUCUGGGAUGAUUUAAUGACUCGCAACUUCAUUGUAAUGUUUUAGUUUUUCACAUGAGCUAAUUCAUCAAAGAAUAAUACUCACAGCUUCAACAAACUAUUCAGAACAUUUAAAAAAAUCAGAUGAAGUCACCUUUUAAAUCCUUAAUUUUAAGAGUUUUAGACCCAUUCCAUUUUUCAGGGAGAAAGAAGGUGUAUUUAUUCUAUGAAUUACUGAAAAGCUUAAUGAGCUAUUUUAGCAGGGUAUUUCUAGGAAUGUGCUUUAGAUUUAGAUUUUUUCAAUGUCAAGUUCUUAUGACUGAAAACAAACGUGAUACUGUUUUUGCUUGAGUACCAUGAACCCUUGAGUGAGACAGGCACCCAAGUUUUCAAGUCAAAAAUAUUGCUGAAGUUGUAUCCUUGAGUACAAUGCAUAUUCAAUUUUUACUGACUCCCAAACUGCUAUGCAGUUGAUCCUCCCCAAGUCAAAUUUUUUUCAAGUCCCCAUCUGAAUUCUCUCAAAAACUAUGCCUUACAAACCUCCAUAACUUGAAGG